CCUUGAGCAAAGUGCAAAGUCUACACCCCUGCUGAGCUAGUAUCCACUGAUCAGUACACUCAUGACAGUAAAACAGCAUCCCAACACCAGCUCUCGAGUGACAGAAGAAGACUUUGCUAAGUAAUUUAUUUAUUUUUAUCGCUGGAGAUUUGAGGGUUUGGACGGUUUAGGAACACAGCAUGUUUGUGACUGUGUUACUGCUUCUGGUCACGCUAUGUGCCCAGGGAGGACAUGGCGAGGAGAAAGUGGAGGCACAGAGACCCGGCCAUGUUUCAGUGGUGAUAGUUGGAGGCACGGGUGACUUGGCAAAGAAGUACCUGUGGCAGGGCUUCUUCGAGCUGUACGUUAGCCAGGUUGGCAGUGGAAACACCUUUUCCUUCUACGCCGGAGGACUGUCACCCGUGGACCAGGCCACACCGGUUCUCUUUGAGAUACUAAAGGCGGCGUUCUGUUUAAAGCACAUAUCUGAGGAGCGCUGUGCUGUGCUGAAAGAGCAGUUCCUGCGGCUUGCUCAGUAUCGGCAGCUGAAGACCCUUGAGGACUACCAAGAGCUUGCCAAGCACAUUGAAAAACAACUUCAGGAAGAAGGAAUGGCUGAGGCAGGGAGGCUCUUCUACCUCUCAGUGCCAGCAUUUGCCUAUGCAGAUAUUGCUGACAAGAUUAACAACAGCUGCAGGCCGACCAGUGGGGCGUGGCUCAGGGUGGUGCUUGAGAAACCUUUUGGACAUGACUUCAGGAGUGCUCAGGUACUAGCAUCUCAGCUUGGGAACUCCUUGAAGGAUAAAGAAAUGUACAGAAUUGACCACUACUUGGGGAAGCAGGUGGUUUCAAAGAUACUUCCAUUCAGAAUAGAGAACAAGAAGUUUCUGGAUCCCAUCUGGAACAAGUACCACAUUGAGAGAAUGGAGAUUGUCUUGAAAGAGACCCUGGAUGUUAAAGGUCGUAUUGCCUUCUACGACCAGUAUGGGGUGAUCAGAGAUGUGCUGCAGAACCACAUGACGGAGGUCAUGACACUGCUGACCAUGCAACUUCCCCUGAAUCUGAGCAGCAGUGAAGAAGUUGCCCAUAACAAGCUGCAGAUUUUGAGUUCCCUGCUGCCUUUAGGAAAGAAUCAAGCUGUGAUAGGCCAGUACCAAGCGUACAAAACAGAAGUUCAGCAGGAGCUGAAUAAGACAAAAGAUCACAUCAGUGUAACACCAACAUUUGCAGCUGUGUUGGCACACGUCGAUGAGGCCCAGUAUGAUGGUGUGCCAAUUCUUUUGAUCUCAGGGAAGAUGUUAGAUGAACGAGUGGGAUACGCCCGCAUUCUUUUCAAAAAUGAUAUCUUUUGUCUUCAGAACCACAACAAUAUUCACUGCAAACCCAAACAGAUAGUUUUCUACUUUGGGCAUGGCAGCCUUAAAUAUCCAGCAAUUCUUGUAAGUAAGAAUUUAUUCAAGCCAGCUCUAAUGGAUGAGUGGAAGGAAGUGACAGAGCAUACAGAUGUCAGUGUACUAGGUUUGCCUAUUUCAGAUUACUACGUACAAACUCCAACAGUGCAGAGGGAAGCCUAUGCAGAACUUAUUGCUCACAUUUUUGCCGGACACAAAAAUAGUUUCAUCAGUACUGAAAACCUCUUGGCUUCUUGGGGCUUGUGGACACCACUGCUCAAUGGCCUCGCCAGCUCAUUUCCUCGCAUCUACCCAGGAGGUACCGACAAUGAGGACCUGCUGGACAUCCGUCUGAAAGGGAAUGACAUAAGCUACAACAGCGAGGUGGUAAUAAUCAGCCCUGAUCAGAUGGGUGGCACGUCAGCCAACAAUUUCCAAGUGAUGCAAGGCAAAUAUCGUAGUGCAGACAUGGUGUCUGCCUGGGCUGAGGAGCUGGUGGAAAGGCUGGCUGCAGACCUGCAGGAAGCUGCAGAGGCAGCUGUGCGUGAGGGUGGUGUUUUCCAUCUCGCCCUCUCUGGUGGGUCCACACCCCUCGCUCUGUUCCACAGGCUGGUCCUGCACCACUUCUCCUUCCCCUGGAGGAACACCCAUGUGUGGAUGGUGGAUGAGCGCUGCGUGCCACUCACUGAACUGGAGUCUAACUUCCACAGCUUGCACGACCAUCUACUGCAACAUGUGCGUAUACCCUAUUACAACAUCCACCCCAUGCCAGUGCAACUCAACCAGCGGUUAUGUGUGGAGGAGGAUGGAGCAGCACUGCUGUAUGAGAAAGAGAUUAAUAAGCUGGUCAAUGGCUCCAGGUUCCACUUUGUACUGUUGGGAGUCGGCUAUGAUGGCCACACAGCCUCUCUCUUCCCUGGUACUAAGGUGGAUGGGCAUGAGGAGAGUCUGGUGGCCCUCACUGAAAGUCCUGUCAAACCUCACCAGCGUAUGAGCCUUACAUUCAGUGCCAUUAACCAAGCCCACCAGGUUUCUCUUUUAGUGAUGGGCAAAGGCAAACAUGAGCUGAUUACCCAGCUGAGCCGAAUGAAGGACAACCCAAACAAAUGGCCAGUCACUGGGGUGAGGCCUGCUAAUGGCAGGCUUGUUUGGUAUAUUGACUAUGAUGCACUUUUAGGAUAGGGUUUAUAUUCCUUACUUUCAAUAAAAUGUCUUUGGAUAGCUGGUUGGUGGGAAAGAAUGUAUAAGCCAGCACUUGAUUAAUGGUUUUACAUGUUUAAUCUUAUUAACUACAGAUGAUAAAAUAAAUUGCUGCCUACAUUCCAGUACAGAAAUCAAACCUUGAUUAUGUGAAGUUCAAUGCACCAACAAGAAAGGUGUCUCUUUUAGCAACUGCAGUUGAAUGUGCAAUAACUAAACAUAAAGAGUCGGCGGCUCACUGUAGUGUUUUAUGUGAUGGACUACCUACCUCACAAUUUGAAACUCUUUGCAAGUUGAUUUUCCUUGCACAAGGAAUGUACUGAAGUGAACUGAAUCCAGUGGCUUGCUGCCUGGAAGGUAGGAAACAGUCAAAACAAAAGCUUUAAAAAUUGGUGGCAGUAAUGUAAAGUAAUUGUAAUCUCUAGUUAAUAGGUUAAAACAUGGUGGGGUCCUUUUUAAUUUAUGUUUAAAACAUUGGAAAAAUCUUUUUGUGUGUGUGCGUGUGUGUGUGUGUGUGUGUGUGUGUGGUUUAUCGAAGCCUAAUUAAGUGAUAUGAAUGAAAAUCAAUACAAAUAUAUCUGGUAUAUGUAUCUGCAGUUUACAAAGUGCAGGGUAUCGAGCACUAUAUCUGGUGCCAAAACCAAUUCCAACAAACAGAAUAAUUUACUUAUUACAACCCAGGGUGUUUCUAUGUGUGAAUUACGUAAAAUCUCAGGUGAAUUUUCAGAUUUACAGUUAACUGUGUGGUAUACUUUUCUUGGAUGUUUGUUGUUAUUGUGGAAUAGCAGGGACCCGCCUUAAAUUUCAUCAUUUAGUUAACGAAAUAGCUAAUGAUUUUCUAUAUUUUUCUUGUUUUCAACAAAUCUACUUACAAGUAUUAUAUGUGUACCCAAAGUCUUGAUAUAUCAUAUUUCUCUGUGCUGCAGACUUUGUCCAAAAAGUAUUAAAAACACAUCAGAGAGUCACAGUGUUGCAGUGGGUGACUUGUUCAUUUGCCCUGAGUAGAUUUACAAAGUCAAGAUGUUAUAUGUAGUACAACAAACUGGUAAAAAUGAAACUGUCAGACUUUGGAUACACACACACACUACUUGUAAGUAAGUGCAAUUUUAUUGUUUGGCUCUGCACAAGAGACAAUAAGAAAAAUAAAGAAAAUCACCAGCCUUCUCCUUUUAACAUAAAGGCUAAAAAUAAAACUGGGGCCUUGGAAGCAAUAAUUAUUUUUGUACACAAGUGGAAAACAUACAUUUGUAUUAAAUAUAUUAUUUAAUAUAAAAUAUUAAAAAAAUAUUAAAUUUGCUGCUUCACAUUGCUAACCUGUACACAUUCCAUUCUGAAAAUAUCUGUAGCCUCCCAAUGAUUUUUUUCACAGAAUGAUUCCAAAUAAAUCUAGCUUUAUUACAGUUUGAGGUUGGUUAAGUAUAUUGUAUAUUUAAACGUUAAACCUUUAAAUUAAAGUGUAUUGCUACUGAAUUUCAGCAGCCACCUGUCUGUAAAGGAUAUGUUGGGACAUACACUGAAAAAACAGCUGUGAUGUACAGUACAAAUACAAAAUGUACUGUAUGUAGAGCACUUCCAUUCAUCACAUUUUCACCAUAUGAUUAACCCAAGAUGCAAAAUGCCUUUUUUUCACCCUUUUAGCUCAAAUCCCCUGCCA